CUAAACACGUCGCGCCUUCCCAAACGUCAAAAUGAACCAAACAAACUGAAUAUUGCAUAUAACACUGUUGUUUAUCACCGGCAGGGACGUGUCCAACAAAGAUAAGAGCCAUAACACACUUUACACAACGCUGAAUAAGCUCUAUCCCGCACUUUAGCACAAAAACGUACAAUAUGGUGCUUUUAAAAGCUGUGAUUUUAAUUGGUGGCUCACAAAAAGGGACACGAUUUAGGCCUUUGUCUUUAGACAUACCUAAACCAUUAUUUCCUGUUGCUGGAUUGCCAGUAAUUCAGCAUCACAUUGAAGCAUGCACAUCAGUUGAAGGUUUACAAGAAAUAUUGUUGAUUGGCUAUUAUCCCAUCACACAAAUUCAAGGUUUUAUUAAUGACAUGCAAAAUCAGUACCAUGUUAAUAUUAGAUAUCUCCAAGAAUUUACUGCACUUGGAACUGCAGGUGGAAUUUACCACUUCAGGGACCAAAUUCGUCUUGGUAAUCCCUCUGCAUUUUUCGUUAUGAAUGGUGAUGUAUGUGCAGAUUUUCCGUUGGUUGAUCUGUACAAGUUCCACAAACAUAGCGGCCCUGCAUGCAUCGCAACAAUUUUAACCACGGAGGCAACUCGCCAACAGUCUCUCAAUUAUGGUUGUAUGGUCACAGAUAAAUCUACCUCUGAAGUUAGACAUUACGUCGAAAAACCCAGCUCAUACGUCUCCGCGUUGAUCAACUGCGGAACUUAUUGCUUUUCAGUGGAUAUCUUCCAAAUUAUUGGCGAGAUAUUCCACAUGAAGCAAGACGAUUACUUGAAAGGUAAUGGUAAUGGAAACGGCAAUGGUAACGGAGCUAAAGAGGCUGGUUACAUUCAACUUGAACAAGAAGUUUUGGCUCCCUUGGCGGCAACUGGAAAAUUAUUUGCUUUCCAAACUACAAAUUGGUGGUCGCAGUUGAAGACUGCGGGCGCGGCGAUUUACGCAAAUAAACAUUAUCUUGAGUUGUACAGGGCUAAGAAGCCGGAGAGAUUGUCGCAGAGUAUUCUAUCAGCAGCUGGGGAUAAUCAAAGCGCGAAAUGUCGAAUUAUUAACGAUGUUUAUGUUCAUCCAAGUGCAACUAUUCAUCCUACAGCUGUUUUGGGACCAAAUGUCAGCAUCGGACCGGAAGUCACAAUUGGGCCGGGUGUGCGCAUCCGGGAAAGCAUUGUUUUAGCUAAGGCGACCAUCGAGGACCACAGUUUGAUUUUACAUAGUAUAAUCGGACAGAAUUCUCAUGUUGGACGAUGGGCAAGGAUAGAGGGAACUCCGUCUGAUCCUGAUCCGAAUAAACCGUUUGCGAAAAUGGAAAAUCCGCCGCUUUUCAAUGAAAAUGGGCGUUUAAAUCCGUCAAUUACUAUUUUAGGUUGUUCAGUGUCUGUGCCAUCCGAAAUGGUUUUGCUGAACACCAUUGUACUGCCAAACAAAGAACUAAGUCGCAGCUUCAAAAACGAAAUUAUUCUAUGAAUUUUAUAAUCAAUACAAUUUAUAAUCAAAUAUUUAAAUAAUGUUUUAUUUUUUCUUUUUAAAUAUAUAUUUUGUUAUUCGA